CUGGCCAACGAAGGUGUGCCGCCAUUGCCGUUGCAAGGCAAGAACUUUCAACGUGCUAGAAAUUAGAAAUUCCAAUCAAAAUGCAGCGGAGAGUGGAGCUCGAGAGCGGCGGUGAGAAGUGUGUAUAAGCGGCAGUAAUAUGAGGAGUUAAGAGAUCACAGAGUUGAGAGGUGCUAUGACAACGUGGUGGAAUAUAAGGAAACAACAUAAUGGUGGUUUCAAAUUAAAAUGCAACGAAAGCAAAUAAGCAACAAGACGUUGGUGUAACAAUAACAAUAAAGAAUAAAUAAAUAAUAAAGGGAAAAUAUUAAAACGCAGGAAUCAUAAUGGUAGCAAAGAAGAGAGAGAGAGUGAGAAGGAGAGGGGAGCAGAGAAAGUGUGAGAGAAAGUGAGGAGAAGAGUGAGCAGAAACGCAGCGGCACUAAGUUCGCUUAAGUGAGCAUCAUACUAAGCUAGAUAUCAUUGGUAAUGCGAGCGGUGUAAAAAUUCCAGCUAACUAAAUUUUGUCUCACGGUUCAGACAUAUUGGGUUAACAGUGUCAUGCGGCAAAGUCAAAAUGGCGUGCUCGAGUGACGCUACAAUUAGUUUGGAACACCUCAGCGUGCUUGAGACAUAUUCAGUAGAGCGUGUAAAUUCGAGUGGCUACUAAAAUAACAACAGUAGCAAAGUUGGCAGCAAGGAUAAGCUUAUAAACUAAUCGUGUUAGUGUCAUAUUUGUCAUACAAACACUGCAACAACCAAGUCGCUAUUUACUCUGACAGCUUGCUCAACAGUCGGUGACAAUUUGCAUUCGGCUUAUCCUCGCCAAACCGAUUUUUAGCCACUUUGACUGCGGUUAGAGCAACACGAUUACCCGCAGACGAUGAUCCGUCAGCAUCAGUGAAAAUAAAAUGUAGAAAAUUUUUAUUACAAAAUAUUUGUCAAUUUGAAAAUGAACAUAACAGUAAUGUAUUUAUACUAAUUGGUAAAUCUCGUUACGUUUUGGCAAGCUUUUCAUUUAAGUAGUCUGUUCUAUCUAUGCAUUUGCUGCUUUUCUUCCCACUUACUCGUUUAAAACUAUGCAAGUCACAAAAUACUUUUUAAAAAUUAUGUAAUCGUUUUUAUCUCUUUAUUGAAAUUGAAUUGGAUGGUUUGAAAAAUAUAUUGAAAUUUAUGAAACUAAUGUUUUUGUAACAUAAGCUUAAAUAAUUAAUUUUAAAAAUGUAUGCUUUUGUAAAUUAAUGAAAUGAUAAAGCGUUUUCAAUAAAUAUAUUUU